AUGGGAGGCUGUGCGAGCAAACCUAAGGAGUCUGACAUCCCUGAAACCUCUGCCGUGACUGAAAACGUUGUCGUCGAGUCCAAGAACGUCGAAGCCGAGGCCGUCGUAUCUCAGGACAAGGCAGAUGAAGUUGUAGCAGAGAAGAAGGAAGAGUCUGUUGAAGAUGCACAGAAGGAAGCUGAGGCAGCUAAGCCUGUCGAGGCUGAGGCUGAGGCAGCCAAGCCAGCUCCAGAGGUGGUGAAGACCGAAGAAGCUGCCGUCGAAACUGUUGCUGAGACUGAGCCACCAAAGCAAGAGGAGGCUGCAACCACAGCCGCUGAAGAGCCUCUUGUAACCCUUUGA